CAAACCCAAUUAACUUCCUAUCCUAAUACACAUGAGAAUUGAGAAUUUUCGGCUUAUCAGGUCCAGGAGCCGAUCUGUCUGGAGGUGGCGUUUGGGAAAGGCAAAGCAAGCCUAGGAAAACGGCUUUGCCCGGCAUCACUUCGGUCAGUGGUUAGUCAAGCUUUUAUCUGUGAAUCAGCCUGUAUUUCGUUGCUCUUCUUCAUGAGUGACAAAACCUUACCCAACAAAACACAACCAUCGGGAGAAAUUGAUUUUGGCGGAGUAGGAGAUUUGGGAGCUAAAAAUGUACUAAUUCUUUCAGAGCAUAAUGAUGCUUCCAAUGAACAGAUUAAGUGUUCAAUUGAUAGGCUCAGUGCAUUGCCAGAUUGCAUAGUUAUUCACAUCCUUUCUUUUCUGGGUUUGGAGAAAGCUGCUAUUACGAGUGUUUUGGGUAAAAGAUGGAGAUAUCUUUGGGCAGAGUUGCCCAAGCUUGAGUUCUAUUUCUGGGAGAACAGUGAUGAGGAAACUAAGAAAAUAAGUGACUUUGUGGCUUGGGUUCAUAAGACCCUUGCUACUCGUAAGAGUAAGUAUCUGGAGAAGUUGACAGUUAGAUUCCCGUACCAGGAAUGUUUUUCAUCCGAUGUUGAUAACUGGCUUGAGUUUGCUUCAAAAAACAAGGUGAAAGAAAUCUAUUUUAACCUAAGCUUCACGGAAGAUUUCUAUACUCUUUGUGACAUGAUGUAUUCAUACCCUUCCUUGACAUCAUUGUCGUUGCGUGGAUGCAUUUUGAAUCCUGAAAGAAAAAUCGAGUGGCAGUCUUUGACUUCAUUAGAGAUUUCAAAUGUGGAUUUGCCUCAGAGUGUGGUUGAAAAAGUACUCUCAUGUUGUUCAGUUUUGAAUAGCUUGAAUCUGCGGGCUUGUUGGGGAUUUACUUGUUUGAAGAUAAACUCUCCAAAGCUUUAUAAGCUUCAAGUGCAUGAUUCCUACGAAGAAGAAAGUGAAAAUUUCCUUGAGAUCUCGGCCCCCUAUCUAAAAUCUUUGGUUCUUUCGUUGUAUCCUAUAGAAAGAAAGUUGAAGCUCACUAACCUUUCAUCUCUUGUUAGUGCUCAAUUUAGAUUCGCUGGAUAUACUUACGGUCCAAUGUAUGAGGAUGUUCUCAAUAAUACGAAAGAAAUCUUUGAAAACAUUCAACAUGUCAAGGAGCUUGAGCUUGGUCAUGAGCUCCUAGGGGCUAUAGCAGCAUUGGCGGUGGAUGCUAGUUGGCAGCUUCCCAAAUCUACACGAAAGAGUUUGAAAAUAAAUACGUUUAUUGAUGGUGAGGAUUAUGUUUCUGCCAUUGUAAGUCUGCUUGAAUCUUCUCCUGAUCUGGUGGCAUUGGUCAUAGAAUGCGAUGAUCCAUAUGGGGUAAGCAUGCAUGUUUGGGAUGAAUAAUUAUUCAUUCAGUUUCAUUUUAUGUGGUUCACACAUGCAGUAUUCUUUUUGUAAUAUUUGAAUAUACUACCACUCUACCAGUUACUCUUUAUCAGAAUGUUGUUUUCUUAUGGAUCUUUGCUUAACUCAAUUUUCUUAACUCUUGUUUAGUCCAAAAGAUGGGGUGGGGGUGGAGGAGGUUUAUAAAAUAUUAUACUCCAUACUUGUUUCUCGAGUCAGGAUGAAGUAGUGUUUUAGAAAUAAAUGUGAAAAUCUCAUAUAUAUAGUACUGUAAUUCAAUAUGUAUGGGUCUAGAUAUGUAAAGAUAAUAAUCGUGUACACCAAUUUUGAUUUGAAAAUAAAGGUUGAAAGAAACUACUCCCUCCAUCUGAAAAUGAUUUGCAAAGUCAUUUUUUCUUAUAGUUUCACUUUAUUCUAACAAGUGCUAGCUAGCCAUUGAGUAACAUAUUGGGGGGGGGGGGGGCUAGCAUCUAAGUGAGGUCUUUUGAAAAAUAUAAGUGGAUAAUGCAAGUGCCUAUGCAGGGAUUUUUAAAGUAGAAGCUUCAAUACAUAAUUAGGUUAGAUUUGUUGUCUUUGUAGGUGGAUGAUAGUUGGGAACCACCUGCAAGGGAUGAUUUAGGGUGUGACUUAUUGCACCUGAAGACGGUUGAGUUGAUUGGCUUGGCAGAUCAAGUUCUUGGUGGUGAACCAUUGCUUACAUUGGCACGAGUCAUUCUCAAGAGGGCAACAGCCUUGGAAAAGAUGUCAAUUGUGGCAACUACAGAAACCACAGAAGAAUUUGUCAAGAUAGGUCAAACCUUGCUAACUUACCCGAGAUCCUCACCAAAUGCAUCCAUCCACUUCCUUUAGAUCAUUGCUUUUCAGUUUUGUUUUGACAUUCUUCUGAUCUUAAUCAAAUGUCCAGUAUAGCCUGUAUUUAUUUAGACACAAAAUUAUAUCAUGUCUUUCAUACAUCAACUUGGAUGUGACUCUUAAAUCUGAUUUUUG